UUUGAGUGUCAGUCUUAAGAUGAGAGAGAGCUUAAAGUUAGGGGUUAAAGGAAAUUCAUUUAGGGACUUACUUGGACAAUCAUCAAAAUGAAAUUAGUGCACUUUUAUUUUGCUUCUUAAAAGCCAACGGACUUGCAAAUAGGAUAUAGUUUCUCUGGCCCACACUCCAGUACCGUAGGUGGCGGUAAUGCACCAUCGAAAUUGGAUGCCAACCGCCCUUAAAAAUUGAAGAAGUAGAAGUCCUCCAACCUGGUUAGGCUUUUUGUUGGUGUCCGUUUCUUUUUAUUGCAGAUGAUUUCUGGUGACGUCCAAUUUGUCAUGACAACUAUGGGAACCUCCUGUCUGGCAGCUAUACCCAUUUGAUUGAAUAGGACAGAAACAUCAACACUGUGAGGGCAAACCCAUCCUGUUAUGUUUUAUCCAUUUUGACUACAAGUCCACAGAGUCACUGGAUUCUGGUUGUGACAGUGGAGUCCAGUUUGUACCACAGGAUCCAGAGAUGACAGUGAAGAUGGAAGACUGCUGUCAGACACUGGAGCUGAAUGUCAUCAUUAAAGAUGAAGAAGAGGAGGAGGAGAUUGGGACGUCUGUUUAUCAUGGAGACCAUGUUGAGGCACUCCCUUCAUCCAAAGAUCCAAAGCAAGAAGAUCAUGCAGCUGAGAUUUCUCACCACUGUCCACAUUGUGAGGAGAUUUUUCCAAAUAUCUCCAGCCUAAACGUACACCUAAAAAUACACAUAGGAGAGAAGCCAUACUCCUGCUCUGACUGUGGAAAAAGUUUCUCCCAACAGGGCCACUUAAAAUCACACAAAAGCAUACACACAGGAGAGAAGCCUUACUCCUGCUCUGACUGUGGGAAGAGCUUUAGAAUAUCACAGUCUCUGAAGGUUCAUCAGAGAGUUCAUACAGGAGAGAUGCCUUACUCUUGCUCUGACUGUGGAAAGCGCUUCAGAAUGUCAAGUGCUUUGACAGUUCAUUUGAGAGUUCACACAGGAGAGAAGCCGUACUCCUGCUCUGACUGUGGAAAGAGCUUCAGAACAACAAGCGCUCUGAUAGUUCAUCAGAGAGUUCACACAGGAGAGAAGCCUUACUUCUGCUCUGACUGUGGAGAGAGUUUCUUUCAACAGGGCCACUUAAAAUCACACCAACGUGUACACACUGGAGAGAAGCCCUACUCCUGCUCUGACUGUGGAAAGAGUUUCUUUCAACAGGGCCACUUACAAAGACAUAAACGUAAACACACAGGACAGUAGCCUUGUAGGACAGUAAUCAUUUUCAUAUUAGUGUGUUAGAAACCCUCUAAUAUGAAAUACAGCAAUAUUUUACAUCUACAUAUUUGUCAUUUGGUGGACACUCUCAUACAGCCUAUUAAACUGUAUUUAACUCUAACAGACAAAAAAGGAGAGAUGCCGCCAAAGAACAUUAAUCAUUCAGAAAAGACUAAGAGAAUGGUCUUAGACAGCAAAUGUUUUUACUUUGUCAGAAAAUCACAAUAAACAAAGCAAUAUGGCGCCCAUAGAACAGGAUAGUGCUACCAUGAACAAAAUAUUAUUCUAAAAUUGAUGGUGGCAUACAAAGAACGAAAUCCCUAGUGACCCUUUUCCCCAAAACCUGGACAGGGGGAUAUAGACACAGUGAAACAGUGACUUUUAUAAACAUCUGAGAGCAGUUUGAAUUAAAAUGCCCACUAAUGAUCAAUCAAAUUAGCUUUCAGACAGAUAUUUUAACUGGUUGUGAUCUUUUACAUCGCUGCUUCACAGAGAUGACAGAAUGGGGGAUGGCAAGACUUCCUGAGCCAAAUGCGUACGAAUCUUGGACACAGUGACAUCAGAGUCAGGGGUUUUAUCGUCCCUCUAAAACACACAGUAGGACCUUGGACACAGUGACAUCAGAGUCAGGGGUUUUAUCGUCCCUCUAAAACACACAGUAGGACCUUGGACACAGUGACAUCAGAGUCAGGGGUUUUAUCGUCCCUCUAAAACACACAGUAGGACCUUGGACACAGUGACAUCAGAGUCAGGGGUUUUAUCGUCCCUCUAAAACACACAGUAGGACCUUGGACACAGUGACAUCAGAGUCAGGGGUUUUAUCGUCCCUCUAAAACCCAUAGAAGCGUUAACUGUGUCAUUAUUGCACACAAUUUUAAACUUGGGAAUUCCCAUCAGGCCUGCAACAUUGGUCUUUGUUUACCAACCUGUAACUAGUUUGCAUACUAUCUUUCAAUCUGCAUAUAUCUGUUAGUCAGCUAGCUGUCUAGCUUUAUUCUGAUAUAUUUGAAAGUCAGCUUGAAUGACCCACAUUUGUUGACUAUUAUUUUGAUUUGUCUGUUCUCUCUCAUUCCCUCUCAUCUAUGCCAUUUGCAUGUCAUGUGCUUAAGCCUAGGAGUAACUCAUCCCUGUUGCCAUGGUAGCCUACCGAUUCAAUAGAUGAGACGUAUUCCUCCUAUUUCCACGUACUGGUAGAGGUCCUGGUGGUUAUCCACAUGGAUAUCCGGAAAACAUUCCAUGAAGAUUAUGAAGAACUAAAUCUUCACUGCAAGAAUAGUAGAAAUGUGAGAGAUGUAAAAUAUUGUUCUUAUGUAUGAUCUAAAAUAAAUAAUCUUUAAGGUUUUCAAAAAAACCUGGCAUAUUAACUUUUUUUUAAUAAAAUACAUAAUUUGAAAGAAAAUUGUUGUGAUUCAUUCCGGAGAUUGACACUAUCCCUAUCCAUGAAAUAAGUCUAUUUCAUCUGUAAAGCAAAUUUCAUGAACUGAAUUUUUGAGUGGCUAGUGUAACAGUCACAAGUAUGACUUUGCUCAGAAAUUCUAAAAUUACUGCAGUUUCUGGUGAUUGUUUUCAAAUUGUUUCUGUAAUGGUUGUAUGCUGCUUCUUAUGUCAAAUAAAAAACCUAUUUAUGUUUCAAA